AUGGAAAUUAGUAGUGAUAAAAGGACUUUAAAAACAGAAGUUAAAAAACACUCGCCCCGCUAUAUGUGCGAUGGUUGUUUAAUGGAACUCUUUUUUCGUUAUAAAAAAGAAUUUAAAGAAUUAAUUAAAAAUCCUAAAAAACGCAAUUUAUUAGGUGUAUACAUUAAUGAAGGAAUAAUUGGGGUCAAAAAGCCAUUUUUCCUUCUCCCUGAGUAG